CUCACAAAGAUUUCCAGGCUGAAAUGGGAGGGCUUUAGCUCUCCUGCAAGGAUGAAUAAAUAGGUGAGUGGCUGACAGCCUGUCCAUUGUACCCCUCUAGUAAGAUCCUUAGCAAAGAUAGGGAUUGACUCCUGGCAAUUGGAAGCCUAAAACCUGGCCCCAUGGAGAGGAUAGUCAUCUACUGCCUGGUCAUCAUCUUCUCUGGGACAGUGGCCCCUAAACACAGCUCCCCAAUCCGCCGCCAGACCAGGAUGGUCCAACUUCUACAAAUUGUUCAACAGCUGAAAACGUGUGUGAAUGAUACGGAUCCUGCACUUCUGCCUACCCCCGACAAUGUUGAGAAACACUGUGAGGAAUCAGCUAUUAAAUGUUUUCAGGAGGCCCCGUUAACACCCUACAAUAAUGAAGAAAAGAAAAUGAGAUUUGAUGUCUUAAUCAAACAACUCAGAAGGAAACUGCCUUGGAGGGAGGCCAAAAAGACCAAGCCAAAAUGCCCUUCUUGUGAUUCCUUUAAGAAGAAACCACCCCAAGAAUUCCUCGACAGCCUGAGAUCACUUCUCCAAAAGAUGAUUUCUUAUGAUCAGCAUCAUCCCCACCAUCAUCGUUGCCACGGCCACUGCACCUAAUACAUGAGGGAGGUGAAGAUGCCUGAAGCCCUAAGAGAAAGUUGGACACUAUAUGACAUACUCUAAGAUCUUAAUAUUCUAACCGAGCAAACGCAGUAUAACUGUGAUGGGGGGAAAUGAGUUCAGAUAAGAGUUUAAAGUCAGGAAGAGUUUUCCAAAAUUACUAUCAGCUACAAACCUUCGAGCCCUUCUUCCAUCCCGGAUUUGGUGACGUACCGAGGGGACAGAUGGAGAGGCCACGUCCUCUGAUAUUCAUCCUUCACUGUGUUACCCGGCGGGGUACUGUCACCUGGAGAUGGGGAAGAGGAUCUAGAUGGAGUCACUCUGGAUCUGCCCCCGUCUUCCUUGUUCCCUUUCUCCUCUGGCAAACCUGAUCUCCUUACCAUGCUUAAUUAAAUCCUGGCUAGUUUAUAUUCAUAAUAGAAAAUGUCCCUAUUCAAACAUGAGUCAGAACAUAGAAACAGGAGCUAAGAAAAAUUAUUUUAAAAAACCAAACUUUUUUAAAAGAGAAAAAGACCUAAUUUUUAAAAUCUUAUCUGAACAGUUUUCCCCCCAUUCUUAGUAUAUUUUACAUGUUAAAAAUGUAACUUAUUUAUGCUUUGAGGGGAAUUAUUUUUCUAGCUGGCUACUAAGAACGUCACUUUGCUCAUAAGGAUCCAAUGGAAUAUUUAUAUUCUAUGGAAAUGAAGAAAUGUAUUUAUAUUAUUCAUGGUUUUUUUAAUAGGAUUAGGGUACUGUGCCAGCAGAGGGUACAAAAUGACCCUACCAAAAUCUCCUGACCGUUCACAGACUGAAGGCUGGAAGGGACUCUAGAGGCCACCGAGCCUAACCUCGUCAUCUUGUAGAUGAGUCUGAGAAGGAAAAAAAAAAAAAAGCUAAGUGAUCUAUGCUCAGGGCCACAACUGCUUGUAACCCUGAGGAAGGAUUUGAACUCAGGUCUUCCUGACUCUAACUCCAGUAUCCUAUCCACUAAGUUCAUAGAAAGUAUUCUGGGCCAGCUGGGGCUGCCACACUUCAUUUUCUGCCCCCCUCCCAUUCUCCAACAAAGCCUUCAUAAUGGAUACAGGAGAUGGCAGGCAGCAAUAACAUCCCUGGCCAACCUGAACUUUGAAGUCUGAAAACUGAACUCCUAUGGAGCCAACAUUGCAGAAUUCCUUGCACAACUUGUGUCUAAAUGGUUUGGGGGAAAGAAAUGUCCCUUUGUCUUAAAUGUCUUAAAUAUGCCACGCAUCCAAACAGUGUAAUGGAAACAAGCAGCCUCUUUGAUAACCUUCUACAUGAGGCUAAAUAUAUUUAUGGGACGAGUUCUUAA